GGUGGCGAUACAUGUGAGUAUCUUCUGUCCAGUGGGAGAUUUCUUGGAGAAAAAGUAUGGCAACCGCACAGUUGUAUGAUGCAUAAGUAUAAAAAUAGUGAAGCAAAAAAUUGCCUCAUAGACAAACAUGUUGUGUUUAUAGGAGAUUCUAGAAUUCGACAGCUGUUCUAUUCAUUUAUAAGACUCAUAAAUCCUCAAGUCAAAGAAGAAGGAAAUAAGCAUGGAAAUAUCCCUUUUGAAGAUAAAUCUGCUUCAAUUAAAGUGGAUUUCCUGUGGUAUCCAGAAGUUAAUGGCUCUAUGAGGCAACGUAUCAAAUCUUGGACUGAGGGUUCUGUGGCAAAACCUCAUAUAAUUGUAGCAGGAGCUGCCACGUGGUCUAUCAAGAUUCACAAUGGCAGCAACGAAGCCCUCACACAAUAUAAAAUCAAUAUCACUUCAAUUGCACCUCUUUUGGAAAAAUUAGCAAAAAAUAGUGAUGUUUACUGGGUCUUACAAGACCCUGUUUAUGAAGAUAUGCUGAGUGAAAGUCGGAAGAUGAUCACUAAUGAGAAAAUAGAUGCUUAUAACGAAGCAGCUGUUCGUAUUCUGAACAGCAGCUCCCGAAAUUCCAAAGCUAAAGUUAAAGUGUUCAGUGUAUCAAAAUUGAUAGCACAAGAAACUAUCAUGAAGUCUGCAGAUGGCCUGCAUCUCCCUGAAUCAAGCAGAGAUACAAACGCGAUGAUUCUUAUGAAUGUCUACUGCAAUAAGAUAAUGAAGCCCAUUGAUGGCUCCUGCUGCCAGCCUCAGCCUCCUCUCACUCUGAUACAGAAGUUAGCUUUCUGUUUCUUUACUUUGUCCAUUAUCGGAUAUUUAAUUAUCAAUUUAAUUCAUCGGAAUAAUUUUCGGAAGAACAAAUCAUGCACUGAUUUGGAAGGUGGAGAGGAGAAGAAACCUGCCAUCAGCACCCCUAAUGUUUCUACUUUAGAGAUGCUCUUACACUCCUUGUGCAAACUUGGUCUAAUCAUGACCUAUUUUUAUCUAUGUGACAGAGCAAAUCUUUUCAUGAAGGAAAAUAAAUUUUAUACACAUUCAUCUUUCUUCAUACCAAUCGUCUAUAUCUUGGUUUUGGGGGUAUUUUAUACCGAAAAUACCAAAGAGACUAAAGUGUUAAAUAGAGAACAGACUGAUGAAUGGAAGGGCUGGAUGCAACUUGUUAUUUUGAUUUAUCAUAUCUCUGGAGCAAGCACAUUUUUGCCUGUGUACAUGCACAUUCGAGUUCUGGUUGCUGCAUAUCUGUUCCAAACAGGUUAUGGACACUUCUCAUAUUUUUGGAUAAAAGGGGACUUUGGUGUAUACAGAGUGUGUCAGGUUUUAUUUCGUCUCAAUUUCUUGGUCGUGGUACUGUGCAUAGUGAUGGACCGACCUUACCAGUUCUACUACUUUGUGCCAUUAGUCACUGUCUGGUUUAUGAUCAUUUAUGCCACCUUAGCUAUAUGGCCUCAGAUAGUCCAGAAGAAAGCAAACGGGAACUGCUUAUGGCACUUUGGUUUACUGCUGAAACUGAUUUGCUUACUGACAUGUAUAUAUUUUCUGUCAUAUUCUCAGGGCGCAUUUGAGAAGAUAUUUUCUUUUUGGCCACUGUCCAAGUGUUUUGAACUGAAUGGGAAUGUCUAUGAAUGGUGGUUUAGGUGGAAGUUGGAUCGCUAUGUGGUUUUCCAUGGGAUGCUGUUCGCUUUUAUUUAUCUGGCAUUGCAGAAACAUCAGAUGAUAUCAGAAGGAAAGGGAGAUCCUCUUUUCUCCAACAGAGUUUCAAAUGUUUUAUUAUUUAUUUCAGUUGUAUCCUUUUUGACCUACUCUAUUUGGGCUAGUAGCUGUAAAAACAAGACAGAGUGCAAUGAACUACAUCCUUCUGUUUCUGUGGUGCAGAUUUUAGCUUUCAUCCUCAUCAGGAACAUUCCUGGAUAUGUCCGGUCUGUGUAUAGCUCGUUCUUUGCCUGGUUUGGCAAAAUUUCUCUAGAGCUUUUCAUUUGCCAAUACCAUAUUUGGCUGGCAGCAGACACAAAGGGGAUCUUGGUGCUCAUUCCUGGAUAUCCAAUGUUUAAUGUUCUUGUCAGCACUUUUAUAUUUGUGUGUGUGGCACAUGAAAUUUCUCAGAUCACUAAUGAUCUAGCACAGAUUGUGGUUCCUAAAGAUAACUCAACUCUGCUGAAAAGGUUGCUAUGCAUAGCUGGAUUUUUUUCUGGACUACUCCUCUUCUCGGCAAUGCAAGAUCAGUCAAGGCAUUAACCUGAAAAGAUUCUUGGAAACUUUCUUCAAGUUUACUUUCUGUCUGCCUGAACAAAAAUUCUCAACUGGAGGUACAAGAAGACAUGUAAAUUAAGUGUGUGGAAAAUGUAUAUAGAGCAAAUGUACAUAUUUUGUGUGGAAAUAGCCUUCUCGAAUAAUCUGAGAAACAAGAAUGCACUGUACAGAAUUGCAUGUGAAAAUGAGUCUUUUCUACUGGAUAUAUGUUUCUGUUUACAUAUCUGUUUAAAAGUGACACGAAGAAGUGACGUUAAAUGGUUUAGCAUGUGCAUAUCACGGAAUUAACUUUACCUUGGGUCAGCCGAAUGAAGAGUGGAUGAUUACUAGAGUACCGCCUAUACAUAACACGUGCUGUAAUCAUUCUCAUCAAGGAACAAAAAAGAGCAAACUUGUGAUCCGUCGUUAAUGGUCACCUUUAGCUGAUGUGAAACAUGAAGUUGCUGGUAAACCAGGGCAUUUUUCUGAACAAAAUGGUAAUUUUUUGUUUGGAAAUGAGUAUUUUGGGUGGAGAUAGUAUAUGUUAUAUGAAACCCUUUAUACCUGGAAAUAAAAAGUCAUCACCAAUUCAGUGAUUUAAGAUUAUAUACAAGUUUACAUAAUAUUUUAUGGGGGUUUUUUAGAAAUUUAAGAUGUUUUCAGUAAAUACAGUGAAUUCUGAGGUGAAAUUUUUUUAUAAAGAAAAUUUGAUUCUUUUCCCCCUAAAAUUGUUUGCUUUUUCAUCAAUUUUCCACUAAUUCAUUUAACUAUGUGCAGUUCUCUGUACAAUCCUAGUGAACAAACAGAUGAAUAAUUUUCAGAGACUCAGUUGAAGAUGGAGAAUUUUUGGAAGACCUGCAACCUUUUCCAGGCAGAUCAAAUCCCACCAUAUCCACUCCAUCAAAUCUUAAGGAAACGGGAGAACAGGGGAACGGUGAUCUUCGAACCUCUCUCUGAGUUUGUAGGUGACCUUGAACUAGGUCUCAUUGGGGAACUGGUGCCAUAUGCUCUCCUGUAAUAAUAUUUUCAUUUAAAAGGAUGCGAGUCAAGGAUGCAAGUCAAUCUGUUGACAUCACCAGGAGGAAGGAUUGAGUGGUCAUCUUGUUGCAUGCAGAUGGUCCGAGUCUCAGAAUUACAAAUGAAAUGAGAUUGGAGAUGUUUGGAGGAACCUUUUUUCCCAUUCUUUUUAGCAGCGCCCAUCUUUCUUAUCACCUCUUCCCUUUAGCAUAAAAAGUAAAAUUGAAAGAAAUAGCCCUUCAGUGUUGCAGUGACAAGCUGUAAUUGACGUUCCACUUAUUCAGUGAGGUUACGGUCUUUUCUUUGCUGUUUGUGGUUUCGGUUCAAGUGAUAGUUUGGCCCCUAGUUGCUUUUUCGUUUUAUUCUUCUACUGAUUACUUGUUAGCAGUCAAAAACACGAGCACAAUACUGUUUCCCAAGCAUAUGUGCAAUUAUGUAUGAUUAUAAACAAUAUGAAUCCUAAUUUGUACCGUGUGUACUGUCACGUACUUGUUUUUGAUCUUAUCCCAGUUAAAAAAUUGAAUUCAAACUUGAGCCACCAAU